AUGACUUCGUUAUUCAACAUGGGCUCAACGGCCGUUAAACAGCUUAGCAAAGAGACUGAUUCCGAAGCUCAUAAGCUGUUGAGAAGAUAUAUCGAUGAUCAAAAGAGCACAGAAGAAGACGGUCCAGUGAUUCCAGGAAUCUUACAUCCGGGAGCGACUGGUGUGACUUAUUGUACAGAUCGAGCUAUUGCCAAUGGGUUUUCUACUGGAGAUCAAGAGUGGGCAAAUUUAGGACAAGGUGCACCCGAGGUCGGGCCGCUGCCUGAGGGACCACCAAGACCUCAGACUAUCGACCUCACUCUCUGGGGCGACGACGUCAAUGAAUAUGGACCAACCACAGGUAUAAAGGAAUUGAGAGAGGCAGUCGCAAAACUGUACAACGAGGAAUAUAGACAAGGUAAAGAAUCUCAAUAUACAUACGAGAACGUCUGUAUUACGCCGGGGGGUAGAGCUGGUAUGGCUAGGUUAGCAGCUGUUAUCGGAGAUGUCUAUUGUGGCUAUCAAAUACCAGAAUAUACAACAUAUUCGGAAGUGUUAUCGGUAUUCAAAAGGCUUAUCCCAAUUCCAACAGCUCUAGACGCCAAGGAUAAAUAUAAGCUGAAUCUGGAUCAACUGAAAAGGGAAAUCAAGAAUCUCAAUUUGAGCGUAGUUAUAGCUUCUAAUCCUCGUAAUCCUACUGGGCAAUGUAUCUCAGGAGACGAGUUGAAAGAUUUAGUUCACCUCUCAAAAGAAGAAAGUACAACAGUCAUCCUAGAUGAGUUUUACAGUUGGUAUCAGUAUCCCGAUGAUCCGAAAGAUUUAGGCACGAGUUUAAGUGGCGCAGAAUUUGUUGAGAACGUCAAUGAAGAUCCUGUCAUACUCAUCAAUGGACUCACAAAGGGAUUCAGAUUACCAGGAUGGCGAGUGUGCUGGGUCGUAGGACCUAAGAAUGUUGUUAGCGCUAUUUCGCAGUCUGGUAGUUUCCUAGACGGUGGAGCUUCACAUGUGUUACAAAAAGCAGCUGUCCCAUUGUUGAACUUUGACAGAGUUCAACAAGACAAGAUAUCACUCCAAAAAGCAUUCCGGAUUAAGAGGGAUCAUGUACUUUCAAGACUUGAGAAGAUGGGUUUAAAAGUAUCGAUUCCACCCACAGCUACGUUUUACAUUUGGUUGGAUCUAUCAGGAUUAGAUAGUCCCUUGAACAACGGAUUAACAUUCUUUGAAGAACUUCUGAAGGAAAAAACCAUUUGUGUUCCAGGAAUAUUCUUUGAUAUAAAUCCAUCUCAUCGAAGGAAUCUAUUCCAUUCUCCGUGUCAUCAUUUCGUCCGAUUGAGCUUCGGUCCAAAGUUAUCUGAAUUAGAUAGAGGUUUAGAUUCUAUCGAGAGGUUAUUGAAAAAAUAUAAAGACACUCCUCAUUUAUUAGGUACAGAGUGA